ACUCGUGAUGCUCAAGGUUGCAGGGAGACGUGUGAUGCUCAAGGUUGGAGGGAGACUCGCGAUGCUCAAGGUUGCAGGGAGACUCGUGAUGCUCAAGGUUUCAGGGAGACUCGUGAUGCUCAAGGUUGCAGGGAGACUCGCGAUGCUCAAGGUUGCAGGGAGACGUGUGAUGCUCAAGGUUGGAGGGAGACUCGCGAUGCUCAAGGUUGCAGGGAGACGUGUGAUGCUCAAGGUUGGAGGGAGAUUCGCGAUGCUCAAGGUUGCAGGGAGACUCGCGAUGCUCAAGGUUGGAGGGAGACUCGCGAUGCUCAAGGUUGGAGGGAGACUCGUGACGCUCAAGGUUGGAGGGAGACUCGUGACGCUCAAGGUUGCAGGGAGACGUGUGAUGCUCAAGGUUGGAGGGAGACUCGCGAUGCUCAAGGUUGGAGGGAGACUCGUGAUGCUCAAGGUUGGAGGGAGACUCGUGAUGCUCAAGGUUGCAGGGAGACUCGCGAUGCUCAAGGUUGCAGGGAGACUCGUGAUGCUCAAGGUUGGAGGGAGACUCGCGAUGCUCAAGGUUGCAGGGAGACUCGCGAUGCUCAAGGUUGCAGGGAGACUCGUGAUGCUCAAGGUUGCAGGGAGACUCGUGAUGCUCAAGGUUGCAGGGAGACUUGUGAUGCUCAAGCUUGGAGGGAGACUCGCGAUGCUCAAGGUUGCAGGGAGACGUGUGAUGCUCAAGGUUGGAGGGAGAGUCGCGAUGCUCAAGGUUGCAGGGAGACUUGCAAUGCUCAAGGUUGGAGGGAGACGUGUGAUGCUCAUCCCAGGUGGCUGCGAUGCAUGGGAGGGAGGGUGGCGGGUGGACAGAAGCCCAGGGCAAGGAGCGCGUUGGCAGAGGGAUGCAGGUGCCCGCACGAGUGCCGGGCAGUGGGAAAUCAUAAAACCUGGUGCUUGUGGAGUCCUCAGCUUAUGCAGGUCAUUCUUCUAAGCUCCCCCAGCUUUGACGCCAUCUAAUCCUCGUCGCUGCUCUGUGACCCCAGGGACUGGGGAACGAACCCGAGGCACAAACUGAUCCCACAGCCAGUAGACGUGGGGCUGGGGUCUGGACCUGCUGGGCCGCAGCUCUUCAGCACACAUGCUUUGUUGCUGCUUAGCCAGAAGUAGUAUUCACCAAGGGGUGUGAACUCAGAAAAACAGAGCAAGGUGACGUUUAGCAGGUUGACGGUGGGAUAUCUGAGGCAGUGCGCAGGCUGUAGUCCGGGAAGGAAGGUGGGUGACCACAGGAAGUCUAUCUUAAGGGAAGGUUGGAGGAAGAGCCGUGGGAAUUACAGCAAAGUCAAGGCGAGGCGUGACCACCUCGGGCCUGAAGGAGCAGGAAGAGCGGGUGCUCGGCAGCCUCCGUGGAGCUCCUCCUGGCGCCCUCGGAGGGCCUCGGGCACACACGUGGCCGCCUCAGCUCAUGGUCUGCUGGCGAAGUCGCUAAUGACCUGUUUCUU